AUGGAUAAUGUCGACGGUUUCAAGGCGCCUUCGACCUUGCCACAAGACCUACUCUUGAUUAAUGAGCUUAUUGGGGAGAUUCCACCUCCCCCGGCCUUCCCCAAGGGAAUUCGUGAAGCAGAGCGAUCUGACGAAGACAUCGCAAGUUCCAACGGAGACGUCGAUAGCGAAGACGAAGUAGAAGCUCGCCUCAAGUGUAUAUCGGACCACGAAGAUACUGACCCAUUGGACUCCGACUUGGAAGAUGACUCUUCUUCCUCUGAUUCUGAAUCAGACCAGUCAAUAUCCGGCAAGGCCUCGCACCCUGGGAAACGAGCCAACAUUGAUCUUGCUGCUGAAGAUGAAGACGGCGAGGACAGCGGGCUGAAACCGCAAGGCUAUCUGAAAACACAGCAUGAAAUCACGGAACUGGCUAUCACCAUCCCAGAAGCCUCCGAGGUUCCUUCCGAUGAAGAAUUGGAAAAAGUUGGCGAAGUGAUGACUGUUCUUCCUCAGACUGUGGUCAUCAAAGGAAUCCCGGCUCCUGUCACCGGCCGCGCGUCAGAGAAGGCUCUGGACAGCGAGACAUUAUUGGUUCUGGAGGACCGAAGGGUCCUCGGUUAUAUCUACGAGACAUUUGGACCAACACAUCAACCUUUAUACCAGGUUCAAUUCAACGACUCCUAUCCCCUUGUACCUGGUAAAGUGCAGGUAUCCCAGCCCGUUUUCCAUGUCCCUCGCCGCAGCCAUUUCGUUUUUCUCAACGAGUUGAAACACUCGAAGGGGAGCGACGCAAGUAAUAUCCACGACGAAGAACCCGCCGCUCACGAGCUUGAUUUCUCUGACGACGAGGAAGAAGCUGCCUUCAAGAGGGCAGCCAAGAUGAAACGGAGGCGCUCGGAUUCGCGUGCUGGGUCCGUUAUACCAUCAAGGCACACCACUCCUACUCCUUCACAGAUGCGGGACCAAGAUCUUGCUGGCGAACCUACGUACGAUGGCAAUCCUUACGAUCAGUUUGGACCUUACGAUGGUGAUGCUGUCGCCGGGCCUUCGCGAGCAGCACCGCUUCCAUACGAUGACCCUUACUCGGACGUGUAUGGGACCGAUAUCGACCAAGGAGUUCCUUCCAGUGAACCACCGACGUCCGUGUUUGAGCAUCAGUCUCACUUCACCACCACCGCCGUCAACUCUUGCGGAGAAGGACCCUUUGAAGACUCGCAACUUCAACGUGCUGCAGAGUAUUCUCGGGAUCGAGAUGCCAUUCGUGGUCGUGGCCGUGGCCGCGGUCAGCGCCGGGAGGAUAAUCGACCUCGAGGUAAUCGUGGUCGCGGGGUUAAUCGGGACUCGCGAAGAGAUGUCCGACAUACAUCAUCAAAUCGUGGCCCGCAUUUGACCAGUGACACUGCCCAACGGGCUUGGGGCACCUCGCAGCGGCAGCAAACAUAUGCAGCCCACGCUCCAGGGAUGUCCUCUCAUCGGCCUCUGUCACCGACUUCACAAGCUAUUGCCAGAGCUACAGGCCAGUAUUUGGACGUUCACGGCCCCACCAACGUCCAACAGCCUACUUAUCCGGCGAAUGAUGUCUGGAUUCACCAGAGUCCGUUCUCUUACGGACAGCAGUUAUACUACCAACAACCUCAUGUCGAUCCAUUCAUACAACCGCACAUCAACCCGCGAUUCGCUGCCUCUUUUGGCAUGGGGCAUCAGUAUGGUCUAGGAUCGCCCGGACAUGCGAGCGUCGGGAGAGGGUGGAGUUCCUCGGCGUGGUCGGAUAGUGUAAAUUACGAGGUACAGAAAGACAAUCACAAUUAG